CAAUCGUCAAUCGUGGGUUCAUUAUAGUUUGGUUUUUCAGUAAUAUAGUUAAAAUGUCGAAAAAUACAGGAAGUUCUAUGUUUAGGAAAGUCGACGUGGAUGAAUAUGAUGAAAAUAAAUUCCAAGACGAACAAAUUGACGGUCAAGAAUCCAGUGGACCAGAUGAGUCAGAAAUCCAAAAUUUCUUAUUGAGUAAGCAAAAUGUUGAAGCAUUACAAGCUGUACUGAAAAACCCACCAGUAAAUUCUAAAAACCAAGCAGUUAAGGAUAAGACAUUUAAUCUUGUUCUUCGAGUUCUCACAGCCUUCAAGUCUUCAGAUAUUGAUAAAGCAAUAAAUGCACUAGACCAAGAUUCUCAAGACGUUUUGAUGAAAUACAUUUACAGAGGAUUUGCAUGCCCUACAGAAAACAGUUGCGGUAUACUCCUCGCAUGGCAUGAAAAAGCUGUUGCAGUCGGGGAGCUUGGUAGUAUUGUGCGUGUUCUUACCGACAGGAAAUCUGUUUAAAAGUAUAGCAAAAUAGAUAUUAUAACCAAGAUAGAUUUUGUUCAAAAGUAUUUUUCUAUGAUUACCAGCCUGAUAGAACAACUGAGAGAUUUGGUUUAGGAUUUGGUACCAAACAGAUGACUCAUUGGUACUAGUGCCACCAUUUGCAUAAAUCAUAGAGAUGUCAUUAAUAUUGUUAAUUAUGAAUUUUUAUAUCUUAAUGGAGGUGGUACAUACAGUGUACACCAUACAAUUUAAUUUCACAUAAGUGAUGAAUCAUAAAAUUCCAUUUUGCUUAUUAUAAUUUUGAAGUACGCCCUCCCUUCAGUCAAGGACAUCGCCUCACCCCGCUCCCGUCGGGCAUAUCCUGGCGCCACCAUUGGAAAAGGAUGAAGAACAAGGAAUAUUUUUUAAGAGUGGACGAAUUUGCAUGAUGUGCAUCUUUGACUUAUUUAGAUACAAUAUCACGGGGUCAAAUGUAAGCCUUGUGGAACUUUGUUAUUGAACAAUUGUCAAGGACUUAUUAUAUAUUAUUAUUUCAAUAUUUUAAUAUUAAUUUAGUCCUACCUGUAUUUAUUUAUAAACUAUUGAAUAGCAUUUUAUAUAUUGCCUCUUAGCCAAAAUAUACAUUUUCUUUGUUUUAAAUACAGAAUUUUCUUCAUACAAA